CCCCGGGGGCCCCCGGGGGGCCCCCGGGGGCCCCCCGCAGCUACUUCGAGGCCCACGAACCGCUGGUGCAGCUGCAGCGCGCAGUACCCUCGGGGGCCCCCUGGGCCGUGGAGUCGGGGGCCCCCUGGGGCCCCCAGCCGCGCGUGGACUCGCGGACCCUCAUGGGGGCCCCGGGGGCCCCCGGGGGCCCCUCCGUCGUGGGCCUUUACAGGGACAGCAGACUUUUCAAAAGAAAUACCUUUCCUGGCUGCAGCGCAGCAGCAGCAAACUUUUGUGUCUUGGCUUUCAUUCAGCUGCCCCUGGCUGCAUGCGGGGGCCCCCAGCUGCCCCCCGGGGGGCCCCCCCGGGGGCCCCCCCGGGGGCCCCCCCCGGUGCCCAUUUCCUGGACCUGCGCAGACGUCCUGGGGGCCCCCUGGGAGGGGCCCCGGGGGGCCCCCGGGGGGGCCCCCGGGCAGCAAACUUUUGUGUCUUGGCUUUCAUUCAGCUGCCCCUGGCUGCAUGGGGGGGCCCCCGGGGGGCCCCCGGGGGGCCCCCCGGGGGCCCCCGAGGGCAGCGUGGGGUGCGUGCGGCUGGUCUCUGCGGGGUCUUUGGAGGCCCUAAAUGGGUACUUAAAAGAGACCCUUAAAAGACCCUUUUUGUUUGCCACGGAAGGCGCGGGGGCCCUCAGCCAGUUCUGUGCUGCUCCCCUAAACCAGCUGAUUUCAGUGGACCCUGUGGCUGGCAGGGUUUACUUCCUGCAGCGGGGGGCCCCCCAGGGGGCCCCCCAGGGGGCCCCCCAGGGGGCCCCCGCCGGGGGGGCCCCCCCGGGGCCCUCGGGGGGCCCCCAGGGGCGGCCCGCCAGGCGGCGCCUCGCCCAAGAAGGGGCCCCGGGGGCCCCCCAUGAGGAGGGGGGGCCCCCCAGCGAGGAGGAGGGCCCCCCUUUGGGGGCCCCCCUGGAGCCCGCAGCCCAGGCGGGAGAGCCGGGGGCCUUGGGGGCCCCCCCGGGGGCCCCCCGCAGCGCCUGGGCCCCGCUGAGCCCCCCCGGGGGCCCCCCCGGGGCCCCCUCCGCUGUGGGCAGUGCCCCCCUGGGGGCCCCCUCUGAGGCGUCCGCAGCGGAAGUGGGGGGCCCCCCCGGGGGCCCCCCUGGCGGUUCGGACUUGGGGGCGCCGCGUCGAUCGCUGGGGGCGCGGGGGGGGCCCCCUGGGGGCCCCCCGGGGGCCCCGGGGGCCCCCGGGGGCCCCCCGGGGGCCCCCGGGGGCCCCCCGGGGGGCCUCGGAAGCGCAUGCGUGGCGUUUGUGGAAGUCCGGGGGGCCCGGGGAGAAGUGUCUGCAUGCAUGCGUUUGGGGCUGGAAAAAGGAGAAGAGAGUUUGGGGGAUCCUGUCUUUUUGCAUGCAGACAGUUUUUCGGAAAGGGAUGAGCCUCCCUACAAAGACCGGCUGGACGUCAUAGACAUUGCCUCUGGCUACCACGAGCAGCUGGAGCUGCCCCACCUCUAG